AUGUCGGACACGUUCGUCCUGUUACUGUUGGGCGCCUGUUCCCUUACUGUGGCACAGGAUUUCAAGAGGACUAUCAUCGCUAUAGAAAAACCAACUACACACGGGGAGUAUAUGUUUCUUAGGGGCGGAUCUACGAGUGGACAGAAGCUUUCCAUAAGGCACAACGUCGAACCAACUGACGAAACGUCGUUCUUCGCUCAGACGUCCAAGGGUGACUCGACGUUAACUUGGUCGUCCUACGAGAGCGGACAGGGAGUGUAUCGGGAAGGCUGGAUAGUGCGGUCUGCUGAGGGAACACCUAUGAUGUGGACAACCGAUGAUGAGUCCUUCGGUACCAACGUCGACACCGACGGCGCCGGGUACUGGGAGCUGAACACGGAGGGAAGCGGCUACUGGGUGGUGGACGUCGACAUGGACUGCAGUGCCACCCAAGGAGGCUGGUUCGCAUUCAAGGGCUACCUUAUCGACCUCUACCGCUACAAGUCGGAAUGGGAGGGCAGCUACAUUAACCAGUACUCCUGCGACGUGAACGGCACCCGCGUCAACGUCCCCGGCGCACAGUCGUGGAACCACUACGGUAUCUGCGGCUUCUUCAACAUCGUCCGCUGGAAUGAUGGUAAAUGCAUGGCUCAGGAGGUGGCCGUUGUUGAACAGUUUGUGGAGGUAAUUAGAUCCCCGCCAACUCCGGAACUCCUUGCGGAGAUUUAGUCCUUCCUUGGAGAGGAGCAAUAAAUCGUAUAAAACUGUU